UUUUCUACAGAUGUGAUGAAAAGGAAAACCCAUCUAGUUAGAGACUGACCUUGUCUAUCAGUAAAAUUCCAUUUACAGGAUCUGUCAUGUCACCCUUUCUUCGGAUUGGCUUAUCAAACUAUGACAGCGGCCCCUAUCUGCCAUCACAAGGGGAGGUGAUUAAUCCUUAUUGUGCGGUGAUGGUCAAAGAAGCAGAGGAAUCGGAGAAUGGCCAGGUGUACGUCCAAAAGAAGCCCACCAUGUACCCACCCUGGAACAGUACGUUCGAUGCCCAUAUCAACAAGGGUAGGGUCAUGCACAUCGUUGUGAAGGACAAAAGCGCGGAAAUGGUUUCGGAAACCACAGUCGAACUCAACGUACUGGCAGACAGGUGCAAGAAGACCAAUGGAAAGACAGAAAUAUGGCUAGAAUUGAAACCUCAAGGGAGAAUGCUAAUGAAUGCAAGAUACUUCCUGGAAAUGAGUGAUGCUAAAGAGCUGAUUGACUGCGAGACAGAGGGGUUUUUCUCCUUGCAUCAGCGCCGGGGAGCUAUCAAGCAAGCCAAAAUUCACAACGUCAAAUGUCAUGAGUUCACUGCUACCUUUUUCCCGCAACCCACAUUCUGCUCUGUCUGCCAUGAGUUCGUCUGGGGUCUUAACAAACAAGGCUACCAGUGCAGGCAAUGCAAUGCUGCCAUUCAUAAGAAGUGUAUUGAUAAAGUAAUAGCUAAGUGCACAGGAUCAGCAAUCAAUAGCAGAGAAACAAUGUUCCACAAGGAGAGGUUUAAGAUAGAUAUGCCUCACCGGUUUAAGGUCUACAACUAUAAGAGCCCGACAUUCUGCGAGCACUGUGGCACGCUUCUUUGGGGCCUGGCGAGGCAAGGGUUAAAGUGUGACGCAUGUGGCAUGAACGUCCAUCACAAGUGCCAGACAAAAGUGGCAAACCUUUGUGGAGUUAACCAGAAACUAAUGGCCGAAGCACUGGCAAUGAUAGAGAGCACCCAGCAGGCUCGCUGUUUGCGUGACACUGAACAGAUCUUCAGAGAAGGACCUAUUGAAAUUGGCCUUCCCGUUCCUAUGAAAGAAGUAACUCUGCUUCAGACUGUGCCAGCACCUGCAACUGGGAAAAGAGAGCCACAGGGAAUCUCCUGGGAGACACCGGUGGAAGACGUGACAAGCCCCGAGUCUCUCAUAGAAUCAGAACCAGGGAAAGACCAGAAGUCUGAGCAGCUGAAAUUAACAAUUGACGAUUUUGUCUUACACAAAAUGUUGGGAAAGGGAAGCUUUGGCAAGGUCUUCCUUGCUGAGUUAAAGAACACGGAUCAGUUUUUCGCUGUGAAGGCUUUGAAGAAGGAUGUGGUUUUGAUGGAUGAUGACGUCGAAUGCACCAUGGUGGAAAAGAGAGUCCUCUCCUUAGCUUGGGAGCACCCGUUUCUAACCCAUGUGUAUUGUACAUUCCAAACCAAGGAAAACCUCUUUUUUGUAAUGGAAUAUCUAAAUGGAGGAGACUUAAUGUUUCAUAUCCAAAGCUGUCACAAGUUUGACACCGCCAGAGCAACGUUCUAUGCUGCUGAAAUCAUUUGUGGUCUGCAAUUUCUUCAUUCUAAGGGAAUAAUAUACAGAGAUUUGAAGCUGGAUAACGUUCUGUUAGACAAGGACGGGCAUAUCAAAAUCGCUGACUUUGGGAUGUGUAAGGAGAACAUGUUUGAAGAUGCAAAGACAAGCACUUUCUGUGGAACCCCUGAUUACAUUGCUCCCGAGAUUUUGCUGGGACAGAAAUACAACACUGCAGUUGACUGGUGGUCCUUUGGUGUCCUUCUGUAUGAGAUGCUGAUUGGCCAGUCUCCUUUCCAUGGCCAAGAUGAAGAGGAGCUUUUCCAGUCCAUCCGCAUGGAUAAUCCAUUCUACCCUCGCUGGCUCAAUAAGGAUGCAAAAGACAUCCUAGUGAAGCUUUUCGUGAGAGAACCUGAGAGGCGGCUCGGAGCAAAGGGGAACAUCCGCCAGCAUGCCUUUUUCCAGGAGAUAAACUGGGAGGUUCUAGAAGAGCGGGCGAUGGAGCCACCAUUCAAACCCAGAGUGAAAUCCGCAAGUGACUGUAGCAACUUUGACAAGGAGUUUCUCAAUGAAAAACCUAGACUGUCGUGUGCAGACAGAGCGCUGAUUAACAGCAUGGACCAGAAUAUGUUCAGCAACUUUUCCUUUGUGAACCCUAAAAUGGAGAGGAUGUUAUCCUGA